AUGUUAGAAAAGACAUUUCGGUACAGUCGAAAAGACUGGGAGAGCAACGAAAAGUUGCGGCACCCUCAGAAGGAGGCACAGCGCCGGGGGGUGGCGGCCGCCCCGGAGACGCGCGCGGCGGGCAGAACUCGCAAGAACCCGCGGACAAAUUCGGCUCGAAUUGCGGGGCGGGGCGGGCCCGGGUGCCAGCGGGGGGCGGGCCAUCGAGAUCUGACGUGGGUGUCGGCACGACACGUGAAACCAUUUCGAGUGCGAGAACAUGAAAACGCGGAUCCGAGAAACAAUGAUCCAAGUAACAAAGAGACGACCCAGACCCUUGGCCUUGCUGGUGCCCAGACCACCCAGCUCCUGGUGGAGCCCCCCUGGAGGCCAGCGGUGCUGUGGGACCGGGUGACACUGACCUGCCAGGGCUCGAGGAACACCAGUGCCACCACCUGGUAUAAGGACAACUGGGGUCAGGAGGGACCUGACAACUUCUCUGUCAACAUGGAAGGCACCUACUGGUAUGACAGACCCGGCACCUGGUGCAGCCCCCCCAUGACAGUCUCAGAUGGCUGGCUGGUGCUGCAGGAGGUGGCGCAGGCGCUGCUGGAGGGGGCCACACUGACACUGCUCUGCUGGGUCAGGCAGAACAAACCGCUCAGUGACAUUUACUUCUACCAUGAAGAGAAGCAUCUUAAGGGGCCCCAUGAUGGGACUGAGCUGUCCCUGUCCCCGCUGCAGCUGAACCACAGUGGCUGCUACCGCUGCAAGGGCUAUGUGAGCCAUUUAGUGUUCCAGUGGAAGGAGUCAGAACUGGUGACAGUGACAGUGCACAGAGUCCUGCCCUCGGGGGUGUCCUUGUCAGCACAGCCUGGGGGACAGGUGGCACUCAGGGACCCCCUGGUGCUGAGCUGCGCAGUGGCCAUGGGUACAGGUCCCAUGUCCUGCUCCUGGCACCAGGAGGGCUGGGCACUGCUGGGCACCAGUCCCAGCCUGGAGCUGCACCAUGUUGGAGACAAUGACAGCGGCCAGUACCGGUGCCAGGUCAGCAACGGGGACAGCGUGGCUGAGAGUGACCCCCUGAAUGUCACUGUCCUGGUGCCCGUGGACAACGCCAUCAUCCCCGGUCCCCUGGCACACCUGGUGUGUGCAGGUGAGAAUGUGAUCCUGUGCUGCUUGAUGCAGGUGGGCUCAGCCCCUGUCACCUUAACCUGGCUGCACAACGGGCUGGAGGUGGCCCGGGGUCCCCUCCUGGAGCUCAGGGACAUCGACGUGGGACAUUCAGGCACCUACCAGUGCUUGGCCACCAACCAGCUGGGACAGGACGGGCACCGCGUGUUCCGGGCACUCAGCCCAGAGCUGGCCCUGGAGGUGACACCUGGCUCACCCUGGGUCACAGCAGUGGCUGUGAAUGUUGGAAGGACCCUCCUGUUCCUGCUCCUGCUCUUGGCUGUCAUUGGGAGCUGUUACUGGUGGCACCGCCGGGAAACUAAGAAGCUCCAGGACAGGUGUCCCCCGGCACUGCCCCACCUCAUGAUCCACAAGCGCGGACGGGAGGGGCGGGUCUCUACGGUGGCCGUCACGGGCCCGCUCUCGUGA